UAACCAAAUGUACCAAGCCAAAGUUUUAAAUUAAAAUUGCAAUGGAAUUUUUUUUUAAAAAAGAACUUAAAGCAAAAGUGUUAAAAAAUAUGUGACUUAAGAUAUAAACAAGUUUGCAGUGCAAAAGAUAAGCGAACCUUAAGUGGCGCUAAAUUACAGAGCGCCAACUUAACUCAAAGACUCAAUAACCACAAAAAAAAAUAAAACGAAAAACAAAGAACAUCAAACGUAAUUAACUGCUGCAAAAGAUGCGUUUAUUUGCAACUACAACAACAACCACAGAAGCAUCUUCGAUUGAUGCCAUUAACAAUUAUAAUCAUACGACUCAUACUCACACUCACACUCACAACAUCAUACAGAACUCACACGUAAUGGGCGGAGAACAAUUACUUGAUUUAGAUACGAAAUUAUAUAGAAAUGCUGGAAGCCACAACGACUACUGCAGCAGCAGCGGCGGCAGCAGCAACAACAACACACACAGCAACAAGAAUAAAAAAUACAAGCAACAACAACAACAACUCAACACAACUGGCGUGUUUACUGACAGCAACAGUAGCUGCAGUGAUGCCAUAAAGUCAAGGUCACUCGAACGUUACAUGCGACCACCACACACACUCGCCACAGUGCAAACAUUAACACCAAAUUUGAAUACGAGGCGACGAUUUCUUUCGCCCUUCAAAUCCUUGAAAAGACGCAGUCGUAGCAGUAGUAGCAGCGGUGCUGGCAGUCGUUGUGAAACGCAUGAUUUUGCAAUAGCAUUUCAUACAAAUGAGAAUAGUACUGACAACGAAGCAACGAAGGCAGCUACAUCCAACAUCAUGCAACAGCAACAGCAACAACAACAACAACAACAACAUCAACGGCAACAACACAAGCAUUCAACAAGUUCACAGAGUGGUGAUAGCGGCACUGGUGGCACUGAACUAGAACAAGAGUGUAGUCGAACAUCGGCGGCCGAGAGCAGUCAAUUAAGUUUAAGUUAUUCGCAACUGAGCAGCACCGCCAGCAGCGGCAGUAACGGCAGCAACAGCCGUAACAGUAGCAGUGGUGAGGAAUCUCAACAGCCAGCUGCUGACAGUGCAGACAUGUUAAUGCCGCGACAUAGGCAAUUAUGCAAGCCGCGUGUCACAAUUGAUGUAGAUGAGGAUGUGGUUGAUGAUGUCACACAGAAUGCUGAUGAUACUAGUUUUGCUAUUUCUAUUGAGGACUUGGACGAGUCCUUUACUGAGGAAAAUUUCUAUUGUGGUAAUAUUACACUGGUGGAUGAUACGUACUCGAAUUAUGAUCCAAAAAAUGAUGCCGAGCGUAUGUUUUUGCAAGUAGUCGGCAUAUUGCGUGAUGAGAAUGAGAAAAUGCGUCAAUUCCAAAAAAUACUUGAAGACUUAAGUUCGCGUGUAGCCUCAGCAGAAGCUACCAAAAUGGGCUGGAAUCCUCCUGCAACAACCCAAGAGGCCACUGAACAAAUACAGCACUUGCAGCGCUUACGUGAUAAAAUGACCACCGCUGGGGCUUUACUUGAUGACUGCAAUGAACAACAGUCGUUCUUCACUGCUAAUCAAGUGUUGGUACCAGCAAUUUGCCUUUCCAAAUUGGAAGAUUUAAAUACAAGAAUGAAACUUCUACAAAUUGCUAUGGAUGAACGUCAAAAAAUACUUUGCAGCUCUGGUGCUAAUCUCGCAAUUGAAAAUGGUGAAGAUGGACGAAACACAUCGAACAGUGGUACAAUUGGCCCAUUACCAAAUUUGGGACAAAGUGUUAAACCACCUUGGGAACGAGCAACGACAGCAGCCAAUGUGCCUUACUAUAUAGAUCACGAAAGAGAAACCACACAUUGGGACCAUCCCGAAAUGAUUGAACUUAUGAAGGGUCUUGCUGAUCUAAAUGAAGUUCGUUUCUCAGCCUAUCGAACUGCAAUGAAAUUACGCGCGGUACAGAAACGACUGGCUUUGGAUCGCAUAUCUAUGUCGACAGCCAUUGAAUCAUUUGAUCGCCAUGGAUUACGCGCUCAAAACGAUAAGUUAAUCGAUAUACCCGAUAUGACGACUGUAUUGCAUUCCUUAUAUGUGACAAUCGAUAAAAUUGACUUAACAUUGAUGUUGGACUUGGCUAUAAACUGGAUACUGAACGUUUACGACUCUCAGCGUACUGGACAGAUUCGGGUGCUUAGUUUUAAGGUUGGUUUGGUGCUGCUCUGUAAAGGUCAUUUAGAAGAAAAAUAUCGGUAUCUCUUUCGACUAAUUGCCGAUCCAGAACGUAAAGUUGACCAAAGAAAGCUUGGUUUGCUUUUGCAUGAUUGCAUUCAGGUACCACGUCAAUUGGGAGAAGUGGCUGCAUUUGGUGGAUCCAACAUAGAACCAUCUGUUCGUUCUUGCUUGGAAAGAGCUGGUAUAUCUCAAGAAGUUAUUGAUGCUAAUCAGGAAAUUUCCAUUGAACCUCAUCACUUCCUCAGUUGGUUGCAGCAUGAACCACAAAGUUUAGUGUGGCUACCAGUGUUGCACCGUUUGGCUGCAGCAGAAAAUGCUAGACAUCAGGCAAAAUGUAACAUUUGCAAGGAAUAUCCGUUAGUUGGCUUCCGUUAUCGUUGCCUGAAGUGCUUCAACUUUGACAUGUGCCAAAAGUGUUUCUUCUUUGGCCGUAAUGCCAAGAACCACAAAUUGAGUCAUCCAAUGCACGAGUAUUGCACAACAACAACUUCUACUGAGGAUGUGCGAGAUUUUACCCGUGCUUUGAAAAAUAAAUUUAAAAGUCGUAAAUACUUUAAGAAACAUCCGCGUGUGGGUUAUUUACCUGUACAGAGCGUGCUGGAAGGAGAUGCUCUGGAAAGUCCAGCGCCGAGUCCGCAGCAUACUACACAUACCUUGCAGAAUGAUAUGCACUCUCGCCUAGAAAUGUACGCUUCACGUUUGGCACAAGUCGAAUAUGGUACAGGCUCGAAUUCCACUCCAGAUAGUGAUGACGAGCACCAGCUUAUUGCACAGUACUGUCAAGCAUUGCCAGCCAAUAAUGGUAGUGGGCCCAAAUCACCUGUUCAAGUAAUGGCUGCUAUGGAUGCGGAACAACGAGAAGAGCUUGAGGCGAUUAUACGUGAUUUAGAAGAAGAGAACGCAAACCUCCAAGCGGAAUAUCAACAAUUAUGCAACAAGCAAAGUAGUACUACACCAGAUGAGAGUGGCAUGCAGCAUUCUAAUUCCGCAAUGGGCGGCCUGACAUCCAGCGCAAGUGCAAUUGGCCAAGGAGAACAAGGACAGGAUAUGAUGGCUGAGGCAAAACUACUGCGCCAACACAAAGGUCGACUGGAGGCUCGCAUGCAAAUUCUCGAGGAUCACAACCGACAGCUGGAGGCACAAUUACAGCGCUUACGCCAAUUGCUUGAUGAACCUAAUAGCGGUGGUGCAAGUGUGCCUGGUUCAGCGCUGAAUUCCAAACCUAACACAUUACAAACACGUUCCGUUACUGCGUCGCAACUUAAUACUGAUUCACCAGCCAAAAUGAAUCAACAAAAUGGACAUUACGAGCAAAACUCAAUGGAUAUUGGGCGCGCUGUCGAGGAACUGGUGACCGUUAUUACUGAGCAGGAGAUUGAGCAAACAAUGGAGGCUCAAAACCAUGUCGAUUGCAGUGAUCUGGAUAUACUGGAACACGUAUGACGCCACUAUAAUAACAACCAAGCCAUUUAUGUCAACAUCUAAACUGGAAAUAUAAUUUUAUCAUUUUUAGCAAUAGCUAAUAGCUAAAAUUUAAAUAAGAAAUUUAAAUAGUGCAUUCUAUAUAUGAACGAAAAUUUGAAAAAACGAAAAAAAUUAAAUUCAAUUCAAACUUUGAUGUGAAACUAAGCAAAAAGUUAUUAUGAAAAAGCAGCAGUUAAAUGAAAAAGUAUCUAUGAAACUGAAACAAAACAUAUUAUGCAAU